AUGAAUGAGACCUUGGUUGCAAGGAGUGCAGCUGUACGUAAACAACGAUUCAAAUUACCGGUUAAUCACACACUUACAAAUGAACUAUUCCAAUGGGGUACAGUAUCUAGUUUCAUCCAUGUAAUGCAUAACGGAAUCAUCUCCUACUAUGGUGUGGUUUUUGUCGGUGGCCUGAUGGUUAUACCGAAUAGUUGUCUCGACCGACCCAAACGAGUAAAACAAGCGAGAAAUUAUUUCGAACAAAACAUAAAAGAUAACCUAAAUAAGUUGCCCCGUCACGGAGAAGUAUUUGUUAUAACACAAUUCUAUUCGAUAGGGUUUUACCAUGCAAUGGUCGAAUCCCUCCCAAGACUAUCGCGGUAUAUACGAUUUAUAGACCAGAGGAAGGAUAUCAAAAUAUAUAUCAAUUGUCAAUCAUUCAUGAAGUCGUCACUCGAGACUCUAUUUCCAUCUAGGAAUAUAUCUGAAUUGGUAAUAUGUGAAACAAACGGACCAAUAAUUGCAACAAGAGUGUAUUUCCCGGAAGGCUCGCCGUGUUUCAAAUCAACUCAAUCAGGAUUAUCUCAAUUAUCCAAGGAGUUCAGGAGAUAUAUUACUCCAGGAAUACCUGUUCCACCCAAAAACUAUAUCAUCUUAAUAAAAAGGUCUAGGAAAAGAAGUUUUGCUCAACACAACGAAAUAGCUUCAUUUCUGGCCGAUAUUGCUAAACAGAAUGAUAUGGAGUUUCUCGUAUUUUCAGAUGCGAGACUUCCGUCGUUUAAUGACACAAAAAAGAUUUUCAAUCAAGCCAGACUCGUGGUUGCACCACAUGGAGCUGGAGUAGCCAACACUUUGUUUUCUAAUCCGGGUUUGUUUGUCAUUGAGAUAGUAUGUAACAGUCCUCGUAUGAAUUUAUGCUUUAGAGAGUUAACAAUCUUUCUCGGUCACCACUAUCAUGGUAUUUAUUCAAAGUCCGGUUGUCCAUUUAAACUGAACGUCGACGUCAAUGAAGUUAAGGAAGCAGUUCGGUUCUAUAUAAAGCAUGUUGUGGCAUAAAAAUGCAUUAACGAUGAUUCAAAAUUACUCUCAAAAGAAUGGACUCAUAGUCCAAAGGUAGG